AUGGAGCCCACGAUGCGACUUCUGCUGGUCCUGCUGGUGCAGAGCGGGUCCCGCGUCCGCGCGGCGUCCAAGGCUAUCUCGUGCGAGCCCAUCGCGGUGCCCAUGUGUCGGGGCAUCGGCUACAACCUGACCCACAUGCCCAACCAGUUCAACCACGACACCCAGGAGGAGGUGGGCCUGGAGGUGCACCAGUUCUGGCCCCUGGUCCGCAUCCGUUGCUCCCCGGACUUGCUCUUCUUCCUGUGCAGCAUGUACACGCCCAUCUGCCUGCCCGACUACCGCAAGCCUCUGCCGCCGUGCCGGUCGGUUUGCGAGCGCGCCCAACGCGGGUGCUCGCCCCUCAUGAGCCAGUACGGCUUCGAAUGGCCCGAGCGGAUGAGUUGCGAGCGUUUGCCCCGACUGGGCGGCGACACCCUCUGCAUGGACCAGAACGGCAGCGAGGAGGCCACCAGCCCGCCGCCGCACCCCGCCAAAGCCACGCCCAGGAACCGCCCCAGAGCGGGCGCCCCGGCCCCGGCCCCGGCCCAGGGCGAGCGCGAGUGCCGCUGCCGGGACCCCCUGGUGCCCAUCAAAAGGGAGUCGCGGCUGCGCACGGGGGCGCUCCUCAACUGCGCCCAGCCGUGCCACCACGCCUACUUCUCGGAAGACGAGCGAACCUUCAGCGCCCUGUGGGUGGCGCUGUGGGCGCUGCUCUGCUUGAUGUCCACCCUCGCCACGGUGGCCACCUUCCUCCUGGACGUGCAGCGUUUCCAGUACCCCGAGCGACCCAUCAUCUUCCUGGCAGCUUGUUACCUGUUCGUGUCGUCGGGGUACAUCAUCCGGCUGGUGGCGGGCCACGAGCGGGUGGCGUGCACCCCCCCGGGCGGGGCGGACCCCUCGCACAUCCUUUACGACACGGGCGGUCCCGCUUUGUGCACCGCGGUCUUCCUCCUGGUCUACUUCUUCGGCAUGGCCAGCUCCAUCUGGUGGGUGGUUCUGUCUUUCACGUGGUUCCUGGCCGCGGGCAUGAAGUGGGGCAGUGAGGCCAUCGCAGGGUACUGCCACUAUUUCCACUUGGCCGCCUGGCUGCUCCCCAGUGUCAAGACCGUCCUGGUUCUGGCACUCGGCGCCGUGGACGGGGACCCGGUGGCCGGCAUCUGCUACGUGGGCAACCAAAGCCUAGAGAACCUUCGGGGCUUCGUCCUGGCCCCCUUGGCGGUCUACCUGUUCGCCGGCUCGUUCUUCCUACUCGCCGGUUUCGUCUCUCUCUUCCGCAUCCGCAGCAUCAUCAAGCAGGGCGGCACCGAGACCGACAAACUGGAACGUCUCAUGAUCCGCAUCGGACUCUUUGGGGUGCUCUACACGGUGCCUGCCACGGUGGUGCUGGCCUGCCUGGUCUACGAGCAGCACCGCCGCCCCGACUGGGACCGGGCGCUAGCCUGUUCCAGCGCUGCCGAGCGCCAGCGGGUGGGCGGCGGACCGGACUUCGCCGUCUUCAUGCUCAAGUACUUCAUGUGCUUGGUGGGGGGAAUCACCUCGGGGGUCUGGAUCUGGUCCGGGAAGACCUUGGAGACCUGGCGCAGGUUCCUGGCACGGUGCUGCCCCUGGUGGCCCCAUAAGGUGGCGGUGCCGCCAACCGUGAACACAGAGGCCGCCGCCUCUUUAACGGGACCGGUCCCCGGAAUGUACCAUAAAGCUCCGUCUCAUAUAUGACACUUGAAGUCCUUAAACCUGGGACGAGAAGUUCCAGAGCUUCAGGUCCAUGCAUCCAGACUGGAAGCGAU